AUGUCGCAGUCCGGGUUAGGUGGACUGAACGACGCUCAAGGACAGAGCCAAGCUGGACAAACAAUAGACAGUCAACAGACAACUUGCCAGAACGGUCGUGCUGAGCCACUCGCUGAUACCAUAAAGCAGGAUUUAUCUAACGGUUUCGAGAAUCGAACGAUGGAUUACGAGAGAUUUACCCAAGAAAGGACACAACAUACUUCGGUUACUGGACAAGUUCAGGAUCAACAGCAGCAGCAGCAUCAACUUGCGCAUCCGAUAGCACAGUAUCCGUCAGGAAGAAGGCAAUCCGUAGGAUUACCGGAAGAUAAACAUCCUUCAACGGGUCAACUGCCACCCCCGCAAUAUGGUCAAGACAAAAGCAACGCGGAUAGAACUCAGCACGUGUCUCAAACCAGCACUCAGACGGUACCGGUGCAAGUGCAACCGCAGUUUGCACCUGAUUAUGAUCAAAAUCAAUAUCCACAGAUACGAGGGCAAUUUGAGGCUAGGUCACAAAUCUAUCCGCAAACGCAAUAUUCCGAUAGAGCUGGUUAUGUGACUAGAGAUGUCACUUAUCGUGACCCGAAUCUCUAUGGUCAGAGUGGUACAACCAACCCAAUGUUCGCUGGACAGGGUCAAUACGUAACGGUUCAACAUGGUUCACAGAUACCUUCGCAAUCUGCUAGUCCGCAGCCACCUUAUUAUUCGGGUGUAGUCGUGCCACAGCCACCGGCUGGUUACGCUCAAUUCGGUACUCAGCCACAAUAUCCUUAUAGUCAAUAUCCACAAACGGUCAUGAACGCUGUACCGUACAAUCCUCACUCCGGUAUCUAUCCGGCUCAGCAAUAUCCCGGUCAACAAUCGCCGAAUCCACAAAGAUUUUCGCAAGAAAUCGGUCAAUAUCAGACGCAACCGAUCAUUCAGCCAAUCGCCCAAAACGUGACCCAUGGAAUCGCUAUCCAAACGACAGAGCGACCUUGUCGAGGACCGAAACCGAUGGUGCCGCCUCGUGGCAAUUCCAAAAUUACCACUCAUGAUCCUGGACAUAGAAAGUCUGCUAGCGUCGACGUGCCGGCAUUACAAAAAGCAAAAUAUGAGUCAAACCCGACUGCUCAACAGGAUUCGAUUCAUCGUAGCGAUGGCGCCAUUAUUGUGACAGGCACAUCAACCGGUUCGGAUGGUUCGGAUAGAAGAUACUUAACCACGAUUAAUCAAAAUCCUAGGACAAGGCAGGAUGGUUUAUAUGUGGAUACUAAUGGUGAUCAGCCAGGCAGAGAGAAACUAGUCGAUACAAUUGCCACUGAGUGCGGUUUAUACGUGUCCAGAUCGGAACAUAGGAAAUCCGUAUCUGUCGAUGUGACUACUAGCUUCCAAAGACGUAACGAUACGAUAACUUUUACAUUUCCUGGUGAUGGUAAUCAAGAGAUUAUGUCGGGAAGAAAAACUACGACUGUAGUAGAUGCAAAGAGAAUUGAAACUAAUCAAAUUGCUGAACAAAGAAGACUGGAUGCGAGUCUACGUGUAUCACCAAUGGCGUUUGAUACGAGACAGGAAAACAGGAAGAGCAUAGGAACCGACAGAAAAUCCGAAUGGGGUAAUGUGAGUCCGAAUCAAAGAAAUGUCAUCCCUCCAGAGAACAGACGCUCGGAUUAUUUUGAGGAGCACCGAAGAUCACCUUUGAAUUUAGAAGGCAAGAGAAUGGAAGAUGUAAGGAGAUCGCCUAUGCCGUUUAUGCCGAUUCGUGAAACGUCUGUUGAUCGUGCUGGACAGAAAAGUCCUUCUUUCGUUAGCCAAAACUUCGAGAAAACUAGACAAGAGUUAGCAAUCUGGGCAGAGCAACGUCAACGGCAAGAACAUAAUGAAAGAAACAUAAUACAAGGUCCAAUAUUUACGACAAGUCCUCGUUCUCGUAAUCCGUCAGAGGAAAGAAGAGAUAUCAGAUCAAUUCAUCCUCCGGAUGAUCGCAAAGAAUCUAGAAUGUCUCAAUCGGCCUUCCAACCUCUUCCUAAUAUUAGUCAGAGCACUAUAAUGGAGCAACGUCGACAUCUAAGACAUGUUAGCGCCGAUCUGACAAAACAUAUGGAACUCUCGAGAAAAGAUUUUGACGAGCAACCCAUUACAGGUUCCGUAGUAAAUCUUGGCUCGGUAGUCAGUAAUGCUUCAUCACAAAGAGCUAGUCCGAAUCUUUGUCACCAAUACCCAGCUCUCAGCGAAGCAAAAUUGGACACAAAGGCCAUGUUAACUGUGGUAACUGAUUUUGGCGAAUCGACUACCAGCAAACCAAUUGAUCAAAUAGAUCAUAUAAUCCACAGUCACCGUAAAAGUCAUAAUACCUCAUCUAACUUGCUCACUCAUAGUAAGAGCCAGAUGGAAAGCUUACAGAAUACAUUGGAGAAUCAGAGUGAGAAAACAGACUCUCUUCACGCUCAACAACAACAAUUACAGAAUCAACAGAGUCUCGAUUUAAUCUCUGAAAAGCUAAGCCAGUUUGAGCGCCAACAGAGCGACCUUCAAGCUAAGUUGCAAUGUCUUCAGAAUCAGAAUCAGAUUUUGGACAAAGUGGCGCAGUUUCAGCAUCAACAGAGCGAUCUCCAAGCUCGAUUUCAAAGUUUACAGAAUCAAAGUCAAUUGAAUGAUAAAGCUCAUAAGAUACCUAGCGAUUUUGUGCAACUUCCGUUGACAAGCGAUACCCAUCAAGUUCAAACGAAUCCUCUUUCGAAUAAUCAAGAACAGUCAUCAGAUAAAGCUUGCUCGACUCAUCAACCAGUACAUGGUCUUCACCAGACGCUUCUAACUACGUACUCACAGAACACCACCCUUCAAGCCUGCCAAUCGUCCGUAUGCGAGAAACUGACGUCUCGCGUGCAACAUGACAUUUCCGAUUCGAAUUCCAUUCAGAUUCCAAACAUGUCGCAAAUGCCGUUACCAUGCCUUCCGCAAUUCGAUCGUGCCGACGUGUCGCGUACUUCGUUUUCCCAGUUUCACCGACUUCAGUGCCAGAUCGAGAGCCCGCACGAGAGUGCUUCAACGACGAGUGCCAGUCUAUCUGCUAGCUCCUUCACUGGUACGCUAAAGAAGAUACCACCGGAGAAACCACCACGGACGUCCUUGAUAGUGCAGUCACCAGAAACCGAGAGUAAUCGCAGCCAACCAGCCAUUGGACUGAAACAGACACCGAAAGCGCGGCCAACCAUUUUUGGGACAGUAGCCUCGGACCUGAACCCUAAAGAUGGGAACAGCCGAAAGAGCUUACCACAAACACCAGCUGGUAGUGCUGGUGGAAAAGCAAGUGCGAGCGGUACCGGUUCAAGCGCUGGAAUGGUCAAUGGUGCUGGUGUCGAUCAUGAAAACAUCCGGGACGGUGCUGGCAUAGAUACAGAGCUCGCUUUAGUAUACCGAGAUGGCAACCUCGUCUCAGGCUCACUCGAGGCAUUAGUGCAGCACAUGGUGCCUACGGAGGAAUAUUAUCCUGAUCGAGCGUAUCUCUUUGCCUUUUUGCUGAGCGCCAGGCUCUUCAUCAAGCCACACGAGCUUUUGGGCGAAGUUUGCGCUCUCUGCGAACAUCAACAGAACCUGAAUGGAGAGGGCGGUAAGGAACGAUUACAUCGCUUCGUGCCGCGGUUGGUGCAGCUGCUAGCGGAAUGGACGGAAACAUUCCCGUACGACUUCCGGGAUGAGAGGGUGAUGGGUCACGUUAGGUCCAUCACGCAGAAAGUCGCUGCGGUCGACGCCGCGGCGAGACAGGAAGUUUCGGCGCUGCUGCAAAACUUGCUUCUACGACUGACGGCUCUGGAAAGGUACGAGGAGGGCCUGGCCAGACUGGCGACCGAGGCAGCGACGGAGCAGCUUACACAGGUGGACAUCACCGAACUCUGCCCAUCAGCCACUGUACUAGCACAACAAUUGACUCAUGUAGAACUCGAAAGACUCUCUUAUAUUGGGCCCGAGGAAUUUGUGCAGGCUUUCGCCAAAGAGUCACCGCAUUUAGAAACAUCUUUCAAAGAUAUGAAGAAAACCCGGAAUCUCGAAUCGUACGUUCAAUGGUUUAAUAGACUGAGCUACUUCGUAGCGACGGAAGUUUGUAAGCACGCAAAGAAGAAGCAACGCGUUCGUGUCGUCGAAUACUGGAUUGAGACUGCUCGUGAAUGUUUUAACAUUGGCAAUUUCAAUUCUUUGAUGGCGAUCAUCGCUGGCCUCAAUAUGUCCCCGAUAUCUCGCUUGAAAAAAACAUGGUCAAAGAUACAAUCUGCCAAGUUUUCAAUUUUGGAGCAUCAGAUGGACCCAAGCAGCAAUUUCAGUAGUUAUCGUAGUACAUUGAAGGCCGCAAUGUGGCGUAGUGCUGGCGCUACAGAUGAACGUCAGCGAAUCGUAGUGCCCUUUUUCAGCCUUCUCGUUAAGGACUUGUACUUCCUCAACGAGGGUUGUAGUAAUAAACUGCCAAACGGUCACAUCAACUUUGAGAAAUUCUGGCAAUUAGCGAAACAAGUGACCGAAUUUAUAGCGUGGAAACAAGUUGCCUGUCCAUUCGAGAAGAAUCCGCGCGUCAUUGCCUUCCUCCAAGCGAGCCCCGUACUCACAGAAAAUACACUUGCGUUAGCAUCUUUUGAAUGUGAGCCGCCUGAUAAUAAUCCGGAAAAAGAACGUUAUAAAGCUUUAAAGUCUGAGAUGAAUGCCCAGUGAAAGCAAGCUAUGCCGAAAUAUACUGAAUGGGAACGAUAUUGAUAUGAAUAUAUAUGAAGAUACAUUUAUAAAUAUUAAUAUAUUCGUAAUCGUAAUUAGUUUAUAUGCAGAGAUAAUAAGAAGAAAAAUAAAAAAUAGAUGAUAAAGCAACAGUGGAUUGAAGUAUUACUAGGGCAACUUACAUGAAAUUAAGUAUUUCUGUCUUGCGAAUUUAUCGUAACAAGAAACUCUCAAUAACACAUUAAAUCUCAAUUUGGCAUUUUCAUUAGUAUCAUCUAAUCGAUCAGAACAACUGUACUAAUUUUUCUGUUGCAUUUUUUAAAUUAUAUCAUAUUUGAAAAAGAGAAAAGAAGGGGGGAA